AUGUCGUGUGUUGGGAGACAAACUGGUUUUACGCUGCUGCUGCUGCUUCUGCUCAGCGUUCUGGGCUACGUGUCUGCAUUUAAUUUUCUCGUUGCACUUCCGAAUCCUGCGCGAUCGCACUACAAUGUCGGUCUGGCGCUGGCCAAAGGUCUGGCCGAGGCAGGUCACCAGGUGACCCUUGUGUCGCCUUUUAGCUUGAAGGAGCCAAUUGAAAAUAUAACUGACAUUCCCGUACCGAACGUACUUCAUAAUAUCGAGAAAAAAUCGUUGAAUCUGUUUGACUUGGGCGCUAGCUGGACAGUGAAGCAAGGUUUAAUAUUGUACGGAAUCGGCCUUGUUAUAACCGAAAUGUUCCAAAAGGAGCCGGCCGUUGAGAAACUGAGGCGCUCGAAUCAAACUUUCGACGCGGUCAUACUCGAUUUCUAUAUGGGAGAGGCGCACUUUGGUUUAGCCGAGCACUUCAAUGCACCCCUGAUUGUGCUCAACUGCUAUAUGGCUACUGCCUUGGAUAAUGAGCUGAUUGGUGCUCUGUCUCCACCAUCCUAUGUGCCACAUGGCCUGUUGCCGUACAGCAGCCAGAUGUCGUUGAGGGAGCGUGUGACUAAUCUGGCUAUACUGACACUGGAUCACCUAUAUGCACAGCUCAGAUAUUUGCCCGAGCAGAUUUACAAAACAUAUUUCCCCGCCAACACACAGAAUUUCUACGACAUGCGCCGGAAUACGUCGCUAUUGCUGCUCAAUCAGCACCCAGUGCUGAGUUUUGCGCGACCCCAUCCGCCCAAUUUAAUCGAAGUGGGCGGCAUGCACAUCCGGCGCCAGCCUCAGCCACUUCCUGCCGAUAUCGAGAAGUUUAUUAACGGCGCCGAGCACGGCGUUAUUUACUUCUCGAUGGGCUCGGUGCUGCGCAGCUCGACAAUGUCGCCGGAAAAGCGUGUAGAGAUUUUGAAAGCGUUGGGCAGCUUGAAGCAGCGCGUCUUGUGGAAGUUUGAGGAACCCGAUUUGCCAAAUAGGCCGGAAAAUGUGUACAUCUCGGACUGGUUUCCACAGGCCGACAUACUGGCCCACGAACGCGUUGUUGCCUUCAUCACGCAUGGCGGACUGCUGAGCACCACUGAGGCCAUUUACCAUGGCAAGCCCUUUGUGGGGAUUCCCGUUUGGUUCGAUCAGUUCUUCAACAUGGCCUGUGCCGAGCGAAAUGGAUAUGCCCUGACCGUCAGCUACAGGGAACUGACGGCGGCCAAGCUGGUGGGGGCCAUCGAACGCAUCCUGAACGACACGCAGGCCACUAAACUGGUGCGGGAGAUGUCGUUGCGCUAUCGGGACCAGCCUGAGGAGCCCCUGAAGCGUGCCAUCUUCUGGGUGGAGCAUGUGGCGCGACACAAGGGCGCCCAUCAUUUGCGCAGCCCCUCGCAGCAACUCAACUUCAUCGAAUAUCACAAUCUGGACGCCUGGCUUAUAUUGUUGGCCUUCCUUUUGUCUGCGCUCUACCUCCUAGCACUGAGUGUACGCUAUGCCAAGAAUCGGCUUCUAAGCCGUGGACAAGUUCUAGGCUCGAAAAUGAAGCACAGCUAG